CAUCAUCAAAUUUUAUAUUUAAGCUAAUAUCAUAUACAAUAUUCUCUAUUCUUUUUUUUCUAUUUCCACUUAUUUUCUUAUUUAUAUUUCUUUUUUUCUUCCAGUCCUCUCUUUUUCCAUAUCACCCUUCUCGAAAUUGGUCUGAUGAAUAUGCUUGCCUCACUCAACUUGCUUGCCUACUAAAUUUAACUCCGUCAAAUCUGCUUUCAUCUCCCUCAGACUUCAUUACGCGCUCUUCUUUGCUUCCCGAUGAUUUAUCUCUGUCCCGUGACUUUGGCUCUUCUGUAGCCAAAGGUAAUGAUGCAUCCACUAGUCUUUCAUCCUCGGUCUUCUUGCAGGAUACAUCAAAAACAGGUUUGCGUUCAAAGCUCUCCUUCGGCUGGAACCGCACCAAAGAGAAAUUGGCCGCUAUCGACUUACCGGCAUCUAUUACUUCAAAAUCUAUAUCUAAGGGCAGCAAGUGUAAAAAUGACAUCGAUAUAUCUGGUUUUACGGAUGCCAGUAGCUCUGAUAGGUAUGUCAGUUUUAGGGCCACUGUUUAA